AUGGGACAGUCAUCGAGAACAUUACAUGAAAAUAGAUACCAAGGUGCAUUUCAAUAUGAACAUCAGUAUGGAUACCAGUCUGGAUAUCAGUCAGAAUUUCAGCCUCAAUAUCCAAGUAAUCAAUCAGCGCCAAGAAACGAAUCUGUCAGUUCACUCCAAAAUUUGGAUAGCAAUGAAUCGGUUACAAAUGACUCCGAUAUCAUAUCUGACAUGUAUGAUGAUAUUGAAUAA